AUGGCAGUAAAAAGAAGUAUUACAGAUGUUUCUAAACAUACAUGUCAUUUUGAGUGGAGGAUCAGUGACAUAAGUUCAUAUUUAGAGAAUUUUCACAAUGAUCUUUAUCCUGAUAAACAGCAGGAACUUCGUUCAGCUACAUUCACAAGUGGUUCUGCUGUUGGCGAUAAAUGGUGUCUUAGAAUGGCUAUAAAUUAUGCACUAUUUGAUGAUGACGAUGUGCUAAUUCAGCUAGAACCUGUUGGUGAAUUUGAUUUUGGAGUAAAAAUAAAAUUAACAUUAUUUAUUUUAGAUAAUGAAUACCUAAAAAAGCCAAUUUUUGAUCGCAAUACAGUUUUUGACAUACGCGAUGAAUUCAAUUACGCAGUUCUUAUGUCUAAAAACGAACUCCUGCAAAAUAAAAAUAAACUUAUGUUCAACGACACGCUGAUUAUUGGUGCUGAACUUACGUUGUUUGACAUUACUUCAUCAUGGCUUAAUGAUGCCAUGUCAUUUGGACCAAAAUGCCGACGAAUAACUGAUGACUACAAAGAUUUUUUGAAGAAAGAGCAAGAUACUGAUACUGAUGUUAUUAUUAAAGUAGAUGACAAAAUAUUCAAGGCUCACAGGGCAAUUUUGAUGGCACGCUGUCCUGAUUUAUUCAAGCUCUUCCCAACUCGGAAGGAUGGAAGCCAAGUAGAAGGUAGAAUUACCAUACCUGACAUGGACCCUGGAACUUUUUACACCAUCCUUCAGUUCAUUCAUACUGAUGAAGUAAAAGACUUGGAUGAUAAUGCUGAGAAUUUAUUGAAUGCUGCUAACAAACUUAAAUUAAAAAAACUUAGACAAAUGUGUCUGCAAUCGCUUCUCAAAUCUCUAACUUGUCAAUCCGCUCCAAGAUUACUUAAAUUCGCUUAUGAUUACAAUCUUUCGGAAAUAUUGGACUUCAUUGCUAAUUAUAUUGUAUCCAAUGCUGAUGAAGUUAUUGAUACUCCAGAGUAUAAGACCUUCACAGAGUUAAAUCCAUCAAUUAGUUAUAUUCUCUUUGAGAAAUUUAUAACUUUUAAAGUCGAUGGUUCAGCGUUUAAAAAUGAUACAGCCAGUUAA